AUGGCAUUUUGGACAUUGAGAGUCUCAGCAUCGUGCACAAAUGCCACUAAGGGGACCAGUGUCCUCAGCGAUGAAUGGCAGAGGUAUGAGCUGCCAGUCAGUUCAGGUGGCCGCGCCAUCGCAAAGCUUAUGCUGGAGCUGAAGCACCGUGGGGAACCAGUGGGUCCCAGCAGCAGCCCUGCAGACCCCGACAGCCCCACAGACCAGCAGCCCUUCAGCUCUUCCCCCAGUGCACCAGCAGCCCCAGAUGUCCAGCAGGCCUUGCAAUUUGGCCCCAGCCCCAGCCCCAGCCCCAGCCUGGGGCAGCCAGCUAUUGGCUGGGAUGGCCUGCAGCUGGCUUUGCGCAGGGGUUAUGACAUGGGUGUUGCAAAAGCUGACCCGCUGGAGUCGUGGCAGUGGCUCUUCAUGGCGCAGAAUGCAUCCUCGUAUGGUGGCGUUCCGUUCGCUGUCUCCAUCCAGGAGAUUGCGAAGAAGUGUGACAUGGCCAAGUUUUAG